AUGUACCGCCAGAUCCUAGUCCAUCCCGAUGAUCGCGAUCUGCAGCGAAUUUCCUGGCGGUAUAAGAUUGAAGACGAGAUACAGGAGUAUCUUCUCAACACGGUCACUUACGGGCUGACGUGUGCACCGUUCCUGGCGAUGCGCUCCGUUCAACAACUUGCCGAGGACGAAAAGAAACUCUUCCCCUUGGCCGCGAUCGCCCUACUGAUUGACAGGUACAUGGACGAUGUACUCUCGGGCGCGGAUACACUGGAAAAGGCUCUGGCUCUCCGGCGUCAACUCUCGGAGCUCUGCAUGACGGGCGGCUUUCCGCUCCGCAAAUGGUCGGCCAACGAGGAGUCCUUGCUGACGGACGUUCCAGCGGAGCACAGGAUGCAGCGCGAGCUCCGCUCUUGGCGACCGCAAGAGUCGCAUGCCACUCUUGGCCUUCAAUGGCAUCCCUGCCUCCACAGCUUCUCCUUUGCGACGAAGACGAGUCUAGUGACGUCUUUCACGAAGAAGUCGGUGCUGUCCCUCACUGCCCGGCUUUUCGAUCCGCUCGGUUGGCUGGCGCCGGUGGUAGUGAGUGCAAAGAUCUUGUUCCAGGCUACCUGGCUAAGAGGACUGGACUGGGAUGACCCCUUGAGCGAGACUGACGCUCUGCAGUGGAAGACCUACCAGGCGAAGCUCCCGUUGCUGGAGCAAAUUCGAGUCUCUCGGAAAAUAUAUCCAGACGCCAGAGGACUCGGCGUCGAACUUCAUGGUUUUGCCGAUGCCUCCGAGAAAGCCUAUGCUGCCGUGGUUUACUUGCGAGCACAGGCGCAGGACGGAUCAUGGCUGGUCACCUUGCUCGCGGCAAAGACCAAGGUCGCCCCUCUCAAAACCGUGGCUCUGCCUCGACUUGAGCUCGAUGCUGCUGCGCUGCUCGUGCGGCUUGCUGCCCACACGAAGGUCACGCUCGAACUGCCCGAGGCGCCUCUUCAUCUAUGGUCGGACGCCAUGGUGGCCCUGGGCUGGAUCCGAGGGCACCCUACUCGAUGGAAGACCUAUGUGGUCAAUAGGGUAUCAGCAAUUCAAACGGCGGUCCCGGAGGCGCUGUGGCAUCAUGUGCCUGGCCGGGACAAUCCAGCGGACUGUGCCUCUCGAGGUAUCUCUCCCGGCGAGUUAGGAAAUCAUCCUCUCUGGUAG